AAACGUGCAUCACACAUCAGAAAGGCAAACUGAGUCUGCAACGAACGAAAUUACACAUCAGCGAGAAAUAACAAUGGUGACUGACGUGCAGCUGGCCAUCUUUGCCAACAUGUUGGGUGUGUCUCUGUUCCUGCUGGUGGUUCUAUAUCACUAUGUAGCUGUCAACAACCCCAAGAAACUGGAGUAGAACUGCCCUGAAGAGGAGCUGGCAGCUGAGGGGGACCAGAGAGAGACGCAGUAAGACGCCUCUCCUCACAGGUGGCAGCUGAGGGGGACCAGAGAGAGACGCAGUAAGACGCCUCUCCUCACAGGUGGCAGCUGAGGGGGACCAGAGAGAGACGCAGUAAGACGCCUCUCCUCACAGGUGGCGGCUGAGGGGAACCAGAGAGAGCAGCAGCCUCUUCUUCAUCGUUCAUCUUUUCUCCUUCCCUGUCUGUCUCUCUCAGCCUGUACAGGAGUGUUUUCUAAUAAAAUGCCUGUCAACAAAUGCC